GACUGACCAGCAGUAGCAGUCUGAAGCAAACGCUGCCCAAUGCCACGAAGACGUGAGGUUUGGGACGGGUCGGACGACGUCACCGAAGACCGAACGAGCUAAAGGACGAUAAAGUCGCUGGAAAUGGAGAACUGGAGAACCCGUAAAACAGAACGAACGCGUCUUCUCUCGCUUCACGUCUUUAUAUCUCGCUACGCGGUUUCCACUCGGAUGCGUCUACCGGAGGGGGAGAACGAGAGAGAGCAAGCGAAGCGAUGCGGCGGCGAUUGUGCUGGCACCAAGUGCACCGCUGCUUCGGGUGGUGCGGCGCCCGGGGUGGGGCCGGUGCGGACGGCCUUCUUUGGCAUACGGACCUAAAGCCCCACGCAUCCGGCGACUUCUCCAUCGCCGUCGUCCAGGCCAAUAACUCGCUCGAGGAUCAGGGGCAGGUGCUCGCCUCUCCCUCCACCACCUACUUCGGCGUCUUCGACGGCCACGGCGGCCCCGAGGCCUCCCGAUUCGUCAAUAACCGCAUCUUCUCCCACCUCCACGAGAUUGCGUCGGAGCAAGGAGGCCUCUCGGUCGAGGUAAUACGCAAGGCGUUCAAUGUCACCGAGGAAGAGUUCUUACAACUGGUGAAGAGAUCAUGGCUUUCUCGACCAAAUAUUGCAUCGGUGGGGUCAUGUUGCCUCGUCGGUGCGAUCACAGACAACGUUCUCUACGUGGCCAAUCUGGGAGACUCCAGGGCAGUGCUCGGCAAGCAGGGAAGUGAUGGGAGGUCCGUGGUGGCAGAGCGGCUGUCGAGAGACCAUAAUGUCGCUGAGGAGGAUGUGAGGAAGGAACUUGCUGAACUCCACCCUGAUGACUCCCGCAUUGUUCUAUGUAACAGAGGCGUCUGGCGGAUCAAAGGGAUCAUCCAGGUAUCAAGGUCGAUCGGUGAUGUCUACCUGAAGAAGCCCAGUUUUUCCAGGGACCCAUUGUUUCAGCAAUGUGCUGCUCCCAUUCCACUAAAACGGCCUGUCAUGACUUCAGAGCCUUCAAUUAGGACACGUAAGCUUACACGACAAGACUUGUUUCUGAUAUUUGCAUCGGAUGGUCUCUGGGAACAACUAAGUGAUGCAGCUGCAGUGGAUAUUGUCUUCAAAAGCCCCAGAGCAGGAAUAGCCAAGCGACUUGUCAGAGCUGCUCUCACUGAAGCCGCCAAGAAAAGCGAAAUAAAAUAUGAUGACAUAAAACAUAUGGAAAAGGGAGUAAGGCGCCACUACCAUGAUGAUAUAACAGUCAUUGUUAUCUAUCUUGACCAUUUCGAGGGGAAGGCUUCCAAGCUUCAGGGAAGCACUUUUGACUGCACCAGUGCACCCGUGGACAUUUUCUCCCUCAAUGCAGCUACUACUUGAAGAAAUCUUAGCUCUCAUGUGUUGGUUGCAAGAAGGCAUAUAUUUGUGAUCAGGGUGCAACAGCUGACUAAACUGUGGGCAAAUCUCGGUAUAAGGCGCAAAUUUAGAGUUACAGAACUUGUUGGCUACCAGAAAGAGAUUGAUCCUCGAUUGAGUUAGCUUAGUAAUUGGUGUAGAUAGCUUUGUAUUUGAUAAUUUAGGUUAGCUGGCUAUGGUUUUUUGAUUCAAACAAAAGUGCACUUUCUCAGAGGAAAUCUAAAGUAAUGAUCUUGCCUCUCAUCAGUCGGUCUUUGCGCCCCUGAUUGAGAAUUACUAGUACAAAAAAAGUACAAAAUUUUGAGGAAUAAUAUGUGGGUACUCAAAAUGUGGGCUAAACAAUAGUGAGGUUUAUGUUUAUUUUGAUGGCACUUAUGGUUAAAUUGGAAAGAAGAAAGAGACUGGAUUUAUGACAGAGUACACUGAAUUUGGCAUGCUUGUCCCACUUUAGUUUGAGAUGGCACAUAUGGUUUGCCCUACAUGACCAUAGGAUGUCUUUUAGAGGUUUAAACUAGGGGGAAAAGGGGGUCUUGUCUACUGUGAUCUUAGAGAGUAUUGCAUGAAGAAGCAAUCCAAAGACUAAAGCCUAAAGGUUGAGGCCCCAAGUGAUAUCUUUUGUGCAUUGUGGACUAAAGUAAAAGCAGGAAAGAUAAAACAAACAAACAAACAAAAGAAGAAGAAGAAGAAGAAGAAGAAGAAGAAGAAGAAGAAGAUCAUGCUUUGAUCAACUAAGCCUAUCAGUUUGUCUCUUUUGGUGCCUUUAAAGUCUGUUACUUUAAACAUCAUUUGCAAUAAUCAGGGAAUGUCGGGAGGUAGCUGCAUUGUGAAGCCUAUGUUGGCUUUUGAGGGAGGAUGAGAUGAGGCAGAAGAUCUUCCACCUUUGCCAGAGUUGAGCCAUUUCUCCUCAUUGCUUUUUCUUCUUUUAUCCCGAUCACAUCACAUACGAGUAGAGUACUCGUAGAAAUAAGACUGCAUUCUCUUCGAGUCAUUUAUCAUUUAGAUGGAGUCAGAUUUUUUUGCUGCUGAAUCUGAUUCGACUUCGAAACCGAUGUGGUAUGCACAAUCCGGUGCAUCUUAUUCAUACUGAGCAGAUCCAAAAGAGUGCUUGAUUGAAGACAAAAAGGACUGGUACUAUCGAAACCAGCAGUACGUCAUCAUCACUGGGAUCCCAGAUGCGUGAGAGCUGGGAAACAUCGUGAAUGGAUCCUUCAGUGGGAGGUGGCCCAGCUUCCUGUUGAGUCUCUCGUUCUGCCCUGGUGAGGGAUCCCAAAGCAGCACUGCGUGCCAAAGGCUAGUAAAAGAAAGUGUCGAUCAUGGCACAAACUGCAGCCACAGGAGAUUCACGGUGAAGGAUGAAAUCUGGGAACCUAAUGAUACCAGAUUGGACUGAAUUAGCUCGACCUCAGUGUCCAUCUCCAUCGAUGCAUGCUUGUCUUAUGUGUACUGUUUUCCCUACAUUUCAACGUGGGGUCUAAUUUGCCCCCCCCCCAGCCGAAGAAUCCAAUAAAGAAGACAAUCAUCAAGGGGGA